GGCAACUAACUGGCAAUACGUGACGCAAUCAACAUUCUACAACAUGGAGUCUAAGUUCCUGCUAGCUGUCCUCGUCACUUUCACAUGUUUUCACGACACCCAGAGCAAGCCAGCUUGCGAGGACCUCAACUGUGACCUAACCUGCGGCUCCGGACUAGAGAAAGACACCAACGGCUGCCCUAUCUGCAAAUGUAAAUGUCCGGAGCGUGCUUGUCCACCCGUCAAAUGCAUGUACGGCUUAAGGCUGGACGCCAACAACUGCCCAACAUGCAACUGUAACCCCGCCCCCUGUCCAGACAUCAGCAACUGUGUCCUGCUGUGUGAGCAAGGCUACCAGAGAGACGAGAACAACUGCCCUAGAUGCGCAUGUCUGCCCACCAAGUGCCCGGAUGUCAAGUGUGAGUUCACGUGUCCGGCAGGAAAUAAGAAGAACAGUCUGGGCUGUGACGUGUGUGAGUGCAAGCCCAACUGCCCAAACUCCGAGUGCAACAAAUUGUGUGCGGACAAGAAGAAAAAUAAGAGCAAGAUCGCCAAAUGUGGCUGCAUCUGCUACAACUGAUCCUCGCGUGUCAUUGCAUGCACGGAUUAAGUUAAUCACUUCUAUUUACAUGUUUACAAUGAUAAUCUAAGAAUACAAAUGCAUGUUUAAUGCAACAAAUAAACAGGUUAGCCUUGUUC